CUAGCAAAUGCGAGUGGUGUACAUGGACAAACUCUCCCGGCGAUUAAAAAAAAAAUAAUAAUAAUUAAAAGACAUUUGAUGGAUAUACAGUUUCACAAAGUUUAAAGUUAUGUUUCGUUAGUCUUUGCUUCUAUUCCAAGGAAGAAACUCCAUCAUAUAAUCAUUAAUAUAUCUGUAAUUUUGAACUGAAAAAAAAAAAAAACACCUUGCUAAAUUUAUUUAUAGUGAGAAUGUGGGCGCUUUCAGAGUAAUGUUUUUUAAGUGACUCCACAUUAUUUGAGCUCAUUAUGGUGGACAAAGGUCCCCUUCUGACUUCGGCUAUCAUUUUUUAUUUAUCUAUUGGGGCAGCAAUUUUCCAAGUCAUCGAGGAACCGAACUGGGAGGUUGCAGUAAAUAAUUAUAAAGCAGAAAAGGAGGAGAUAUUAAAAAAAUAUCCAUGUCUUAAAAAGGCUGACCUGGACCACAUUCUAGAGGUGGUGUCUGAUGCUGCAGGACAAGGCAUCACCAUCACAGGAGACAAAACCUUCAACAGCUGGAAUUGGCCCAAUGCUGUCAUCUUUGCAGCAACAGUUAUUACAACUAUAGGUUAUGGAAAUAUUGCUCCCAAAACACCUUCAGGGAGGGUUUUCUGUAUCUUUUAUGGUCUUUUUGGAGUGCCGCUGUGUUUCACAUGGAUCAGUGAACUUGGAAAGUUUUUUGGUGGAAGAGCUAAACACCUUGGGCAUUAUCUUACCAAGAAAGGGGUAACAUUGCGGAAAACACAGUUCAUCUGCACAGCUGUCUUCCUGUCAUGGGGUGUGUUGGUGCAUUUAGUGAUUCCUCCAUUUGUAUUCAUGUCUCAAGAGGGCUGGACCUAUAUUGAGGGCUUGUAUUUCUCAUUUGUCACUUUGACAACUAUUGGAUUUGGUGAUCUUGUAGCAGGUGUUGACCCCUAUGCUGACUACCCUACUCUGUAUCGGUACUUUGUAGAGGUGUGGAUUUAUCUUGGUCUGGCAUGGCUGUCUUUGUUUUUCAAUUGGAAGGUGCGUAUGGUUGUGGAGGCUCACAAAGCUCUAAAGAAACGCCGUAAAAGGCGCAAACUUUCUCUGGAUGAGUUACAGCGCCUCAAGGCAAGUCACAAGACCCUACAUCUGCCACCAACUCCCAAUGAUGUCAACAUUUUUAGCUUCCUGUCCAAGAAAAAAGAAGAUUACAAUGACUUAAUCAGGCAGAUAGGUGUUGAGAAGGAAGAUCAAUGUGUCGACUUCAUCAAUAAAGCACCAAACCGCUCAAAGAGCUGCAAUGAUAGUCUUUACAUUAAUAGAAAUUCCAUUCUCAGUCUAGACCACUCACCUCGACAGAAACGCCACUGUAGUUUCAGUGAUAGAGUUAAUGUAGCUCUCUCUAAAUCCAAGAGUUAUCUUCUUAGCCAAGAGGAAUGUCUUCUCAUGAAUGAAAUGUAUGGGGAAGGAGAGACAGACACUGACCUAGCCUGUAUAAGAAAGUUCGAGAAUAAGUUGGACAAGGAGCCAGGAGAGAAACACAAAGGUCUAGAACAUGAAGGAUGCAGCGAUGGCCGAAUCACAUGGGACUCCAAAUGUUACCAGACCCUCAUGUUUCCCAAUGCCAACAUUUCCUCUAUUGAUGAAGAGAAUUUGAUGAACAACAACCUGGAGAAUGAUGAUAAUGACUUUAUGACUAAGUUUUCAACUGCUGAUGAGGUUGAUUUCAAAGAGGAACAGGGCUCGGAAUCUGAGACCUCCAUAUUUACCACAGAUGGGUCGGACCAUGGCCAAUCCUAUGAACAGCUGGUGGAGGAGUAUUCCAACAAGGACAACACUGACAUUUGAUUCUGUCUCCUUUCUUAAUCCUCAGUCAAAUUUGAGCUUUAGCAGUGUGCCAUCUCACAUGGUCUUCUUGCAUCAUGCUACUGAAUGCUUUUUGUGUUUAGAGAGUUGCACCCUGAGUUAGUUUCCUGUUGCAAAUGUAAUUGUAUUUUAUAAAAGUGCCCUCUUUUAUAAAUCUUUUGGGUUUAUUUCUUUCUUUCUUUUUAAAUGAAAGUUGAUUUAACUUACAAAUGCAUUCUAAUUUGCUACUGAAUGUCUUUUAAUUUUUAUUGGUUUGUACAUCACAUGAAUACAUUUUCCACUAAUUUAACUUUUCUUCUAAUGAGCUUUAGUGUUGCCUUUUGUUCAAUCAUCCUCCAGUGUACUCUUGACCAAGUAUUAGGCUCCUUGUUGUGACCCUGUGUGCUUGAUCUGUGCUACAGCUAGUUGCGUGUUACAUUUCAGUUAAACUUUUGGUGUGUCAGUUUCAGUUGUGUACAAGAGGGUUUUUAUGAGCUCAGACUUUGAGAAAAAUAGAGGCCCAACCCACAUUUACCUGAUUACACUGUUUCAGUUUAUUUUUUAUUUAAUUUUUUUAUUAUUAUUAUUUUUUUUUUAUCUCUUAACUCCUGAAAGAAUUAUGUGUUUUUAGGUAAACAUUGGAAAAUGGCCUGUUAACAGCUGCCACUGUUAAUCUUCCUUGUAUUCUUAUGUAGCCUCUAUUUAAUUAGCAAUGAGCUAAAUUUCAUAAAUGAUUAAGACCAGAAUUUGCAUUACUGGGCAAGGUUAACUAACCUUAUAGGUUAACCUGUCAAGUCAUGGUUUUGUGCUUUGUUCACAUUUCAAACUUUCAUCCCAUUCUUUCAUAAAGAAAGCACAAACAUUUGACCUAAAAAAUGUGAAGGAAAGAGUGGUUUUGAUAGUUUUUCACAUUGUGUUUUGAUUUUGGAUUUCCUGUACUUUGUCAUGCUGUAUUUCCAUAUGUAUUUUAAUUAUUUUCUAUUAGUGCUGUUUUACUCUAUUCCAAUUAACAUUUUCAAUUUGAAAUAAAGAGUUAG